AGCAUUGAUUUUCGCGGUAGUGAUUUCAUGGAGAAUGGUAGCUUGGAAGAGUGGCUGCAUCCAACUAUUGGAAAACAAAAUGUAGGACACACCCAAGAAUUUAAGUCUUCUUAAGAGGCUAGCUAGACAUAGCCGAGUUCAUUUGGACAAGACUGGCCGGGUUUCUGACUUUGGACUGGCAAAGUUUCUCUCCGAAACCAGUAAUGUUGCUUCAAAUCAAUCAAGCUCUCUUGGAGUUAGAGGAUCAGUUGGUUAUGCUGCACCAGAGAAUCUUCCCUGAACGAGUUGUAGAGAUUCCAGGUGGUGGCUUUCCAAGAAUCCUCCCUGAACGUGUUAUAAGUCGGCAAUAGCAGAAGGCACUCCUAAGUAAUUAGGUGGUCGCCUUACUUCGCCUUCCAGCUCAUCUAGCUUCUCUUUUCUUGGAUAUUUCUUUGAUCCUUCUUUCAUUUGGUACUUUUGGCCUUCAAAUGAAGUUGCCAAUUAAUCUGAUACACAUCGUUUUUGGAAAAGCAAGUCAAACCCAGAAAUUGUUGAGCAGGUUCGCUCUUCCUCUCCUAUAUAUCAUGCAUUAUAGUCACUAAUCUAUAAACGUACAUUCCACUGUCUAGUAGCUGCUUGAUAUUAUAGUAACCAAUCACCAUUGUCGAAUAGCUAUGGUGCUGUCCUGUUUAUUUCUUUGUUUGAUAGGAAACAUCGACAGAGGAACCAAAAGGGACAAUUCGAACUUCUUCCGGGUUUCAUAUAAUACUCUUUUAAAAGCUACUGAUAGGUUUUCUUCAGAAAAUUUGAUUGGUGUGGGCACUUUCGGGUCUGUGUAUAAAGUAUUUCUUGAUAGAGCUCAAGUACUUGUUGCUGUGAAGGUAUUUAACUUAUUACACCAAGGAUCUUUGAAGACUUUCAUAGCCGAGUGUGAGGUGUUAAGAAGUAUCAGGCAUCGCAACAUCGUUAAGAUUAUAACCUCAUGUUCGAGUAUUGAUUUUCGUGGUAAUGAUUUCAAGGCUCUGGUUUAUGAGUUCAUGGAGAAUGGUACCUUGGAAGAGUGGCUGCAUCCAACUGUUGGAACACAAAAGGUAAGAAACGCACCCAAGAAUUUAAGUUUUGUUCAGAGGCUAGACAUUGCCAUUGAUGUUGCUUGUGCACUGGAUUAUCUUCAUAAUCAUUGUGAUACACCGAUAGUUCAUUGUGAUCUAAAGCCGAGCAAUAUUCUUUUGGACAAUGACUUGACUGGACGGGUUUCUGACUUUGGACUAGCAAGAUUUCUCUCCAAACCCAAUAACAUUUCUACAAAUCUACCGAGUGUCAUUAAAUUAAGAGGACCUGUUAGCUAUGUUGCGCCAGAGUAUGAAACGGGAAGUGAGGCAUCAACAUAUGGGGAUGUUUAUAGCUUUGGGAUUCUCUUGUUAGAGAUGUUUACAGGAAAGAAACCCACUGACGACAUGUUCAGUGACCGCUUGAACCUUCAUAAAUUUGUGAGUAUGUCUUACUUUGAGGGAGUAUUUCCAGAGAUUGCAGAUCCAAGACUGCUUCUUCAAGGAGGCAACAGUCCUCCCAGUAAAUGCAGUGUGAAAUUCAAAUCGGAAAUUGGGCAGUGCUUGGGAUCGAUAUUUGAAAUUGGAAUUGUGUGUUCCAGUGAGUCCCCGAGAGACAGAAUGGAUAUAGAUAAUGUUGUAUCUGAAUUGAAUUCCGUUAGGGGUAACUUUCUGAAUAGGCUACAUAGUUAUAGUCCUACUGUUGGUGUAAGGUCAAGAUCAUGCAGCAGCUGCAUGGUUUGUCGACGCAGGAUGAAGGUACCACCAGCAUGGAGGUCAUGGUCACACCGCAGCUACCGCCAGUUCUGUGAAUCCCGUUUGUUAUGGUAUCUUUCUGAGUUCUGGACCGGGCGGAGCUUAGAGGUGUGGCUGCAUCCAAGCACGAGAACAAAAGAGGUAAAAGGUGCGCCCAAGAUCUCAAGUCUUAUCCAGAGGCUAGAAAUCGCCAUUGAUGUUGCUUGUGCACUGGAUUUUAUUCACAAUCAUAGAAGGACAGUUCAUGGUGAUCUCAAGCCAAGUAAUGUCUUUUUGGACGAAACGCUCAUGGCAAUGAUUGAACGCGAUACACAGGCGGCAAGGUCUUUGGACCAAAUUCUCCUGGCAGGGAUUUGUCGACGCGUUCGUGACUGUGUGCCGGCAAGGUCUCCCUCAAACCUAAGCAAUAAUGUUUCUAAAAAUAAAUCAAGCUCCACUAUAGGAUCCGUGGGUUACACAGCUCCAGGGUAUGGUAAGGGAAUUGGAGAGCGAUAUUACUGGGAUGUUUAUAGCUUUGGCAUUCUCCUGUUAGAAAUGUUUACUGGAAAACGACCCACAGAUCUCAUGAAUAUUCGUAAUUUUGUGAAGAUGGCUAUUCCUGAACGAGUUACAGAAAUUGCAGAUUCGAGACUGCUUCAAAGAGGCACCAAUGAUACUAAAAAAAAUGAGUGCUUGAUUUCGAUAUUUGAAAUUGGAAUUGCAUGUUCAGAUGGAGCCCAAAGUGACCGAAUGAAUAUCGAUCGUGUUGUGCCUAGAUUGCAUUCCAUUAGAGACCGUCUUCUCCCAUAGAAAGUUUUUCUACUGUGUUGUGAAUUGUAAUAGCUUAAUUGUUCAUCAACUCGUUCUUUGCUCCGUAAAGUUUUAUUUGUUGCUUGCAAAGACGAGUUGCUAGUACAUAGGUUAGGAUGCUUCAGGCAAAUACAAUCAAUGAGGUACAAUUUAUGUGUGAAGAAUACUAGCUAUUAC